AUGGUGCAGCAGUGGUUGGAAGACUUGCCAGAAGACAAUCAAUUUGAGCUUGACACGGCAAUGAGUCCAGGUUUCCGCGGAUGUGCGAGUCCCGAGUUCGAAGCUGCACGCUGCGUCCUCUUGGAACCCAGUGAAAAUGACGCAGCCAUCCGAAUACCGACGGUCAAUGGCAAACAGCAGGCGAAGGGAGACUCUCGCCCCCAAGCAGAUUGCCCGAAGAGCACCAACCCUUACGAGCGGAAGCCCCGACGCAAGACUCGGGAAGACAAAUAUGUGUACAAGCAAACUUCGACGAUGGAUCGUCCCUGUCAAGGGAAAUCAGACAAGGUCAAAAGGACACGUGUGAGCCGAAAACACACAAUCAAUGAUACAUUUCAUGCCUUCAAUGUACCUCGUCAAAGACUCACGCUUCGUGAUGUUCAGAAUGUCGGGAUCUUUGGCAAGGGGAAAGCCUCUCCACCAGUAAAUCUGCAAGCAGCGCAAGACGUUUCCUUCUCAAAAAGAAAGUUCCUUGGUUCACCUUGUCCUGCAAUUCGAGAAGCCGAGCCUAUCCAUAUUCGCGAUGAGAAAUUCACCGAUGCGAUGCUCAUACCGGCGAAAUCGCACGCGAAACGACCACGUCCAACUCCAUUCGAAUGUGACUUUCGUGAGCCUGUUGGAUCGUUUGAAAGUCAAGAAGCAAUCGAGUCAAGAGCACAUCCACCCAGUCUCCCCUCGGAUCAAAAGUUUCGAGGUCCAUCCCGCCAGUCGCAGGAAAAGGAUGGUUUGUUUAACGCUGGAGACUUGGCCGUUGCCCGAGCGUUCCCCAAGGACUUGAAUCAACAAUCACCCCUCCCGGCAACUUCGCGCUCCCCCACGCCGUCUUCGUGGUCUAUCACAAAUGAAAGACUCUCCCGAGAGAGUGAAGCGGUAUGCGACGAUCUUUUGGAAAUUUUGCAUGCAGGAUUAUGCUCUGCCAAUGAGCCUCCGAUUAGGGACUCCUCCGGAAGAGGUGAAGUCGAUCUGGAGCAUCUGAAAUCUCUUUUGCAGGAGAGAAAGGUCUACUGGGAUUCGAAGCAUCCGACCACAGCUUGCACAUCCGGAAAUGCGAUGAUAAUGCGGAGUGAAGGCUUGUACUCAGAUGCGCUCAAUCAUCAUGCUGACAUUGAAUCUGCAAGCCCCAUUGAGGGGUUGUUUCCAUCAUCAAGAGAGAGAGUCUAUCGAGGGUAUCCAUCAGACCAGCUUCAGACGGGUCAAUAUCUGAGCCCCAGGGUCGCUCCUCGGCAUACGCAAGCAUGGUAUCAGCACAAAAAACCCCCAUCGAGUCUAAUAAUAGACGACAAUCUGUUCAUCGAGAGCCUUGAGGCAGCUUACCGUUCCAUUGUGGGCGAGGAAAACGAACAGCUGAAUAAUUCAGCGCGGGAGACGCCAUGCCCCAGCAAGCUUAUGGAUAUCUCCGUGCUGGAGACUGGUGGGCCGUCUUAUAACACCUCUCAACAAAAAACAAUAUCUCCCUCUUACACUCACAAUGUCAUAAGACCUCGCAAGAUUAGCUUGAAGCGACCAUCUCGGUCGAUGAUAAAUGCCUAUGAAGUGUUUCCUCCGUCACAUGCGACUGAGGUACAUGAGUUUGAACCUCCAACAACUCCACAUCGCAGGGUGAGCGGAGCGCUCAAUAUUCCGAUGUUCGACUCCUCUUUGAAACGUUAUGAGGUGUCUGCUGCGGGGAACAUCCAAGCCAAUCCACACGUGCCUAUUCCUCCAGAUUUCUGGCAGAAGAGAAGAUUGAUCUAG